UAGUCCGGAAAUGGCCGAAAACACACGUGCUGCACUAACAACCUCCUGAGGAGCUUUAACUCACCGAUUAGUUUGUUAUUUAUUAAGUUUACGGUUUAUGGUGUUGAGUUAAAGGUUGGAAGAUAAACCGAGCGAACACUUUCGGUUUAAACGAGUCAUUUCAACACAAUGCCUCACAGGAAGAAGAAAUCGUUCAUCAGUAAGAAAAAUGCUGUGUCGUUCCACCUGGUGCACAGGAGUCAGAAAGACCCGCUGGCAGCUGAUGAGAAAGCGCCUCAGCAUGUCCUCUUACCUGCCAAUAAGUUGGAGGUGGAGAAGAGGAGGAAGGAGCAGAGGGAGUACGGUGUGUUUUUCGACGAUGAUUACGACUAUCUGCAGCACCUCAAAGAGCCGUCUCAGCCCACAGAGCUCGUCUCCUCCUCACGUCCUUACAAAGACUCACAACCUCUGGGUUUUUCAGAAGAAGACAAGGACGUAGACGAGGACGAGCAGGGCCUGGAUGAAGUCCUCACGAUUCCUGCUGCUUCCAUCAAUCUCCCGUCAUCUGUGUUUGCCUCUGAGUUUGAGGAAGAAGUGGGUUUGUUAAACAAAGCAGCUCCUAUAUCAGGCCCGAGGCUGGACAUGGACCCGGACAUCGUGGCUGCUCUGGAUGAAGACUUUGACUUUGACGACCCUGAGAACGUCCUGGAGGACGAUUUUGUCGUUAAGGCCAACGACGUCGUGUCAGGAGACGUCUACAUGGGUGAAGGAGACGAUGACGACGAUUGGGAGGACACGGACGAGGGAAGCAGCGAAGACGACGACGACGACGAGCGGAGCUACGACUCGGCUGGCUGCGUGUCGGGCGGUGACGGUGAUGCCGUCGGAGGACGGUUCAUGUUCAUGGACUGUGAGACGAAGAGUCGAUUCACCGAAUACUCGCUCACGUCGUCUGUCAUGAGGAGGAACGAGCAGCUCACACUCCUCGAUGACCGGUUCGAGAAGUUCUAUGAGCAGUUUGACGAUGAUGAAAUCGGCGCUCUUGAUAACUCUGAGCUGGAAGGAUUCAUCAACCCGUCGAGUACGAGACUGGAGGAAAUCGUCCAGGAUUACUUCAUACAGAAAGAGAAAGAGAUACAGAGGCCAGAGCAACUCGGUCCUCCUGAACUGCCAUCGCUGAAGGAGGAGGAGGAGGAGGAUGAAGAGCAGGAACUGGAGAUGCUGGUCAUCGAGGAGCCACUUGAGGAGAAAUGUGACUGUGAGACCAUCAUCAGCACAUACUCCAACCUGUACAAUCGCCCAAAGCUGAUUAAAGACCCACCGAAGCAGCAGAAGCAGAUUCGUGUGUCCAAUAAGACAGGGAUUCCUCUGGACGUCCUGCCUCAGAGAGGACUGACAGCCAGGCAGGUGGAGCGCAUGGAGAGGAUCGACGACUCGGACCUGCCGCGAGUCUCCACACAGCCGCGCUCUCGGGAGGAAAGUAAAGACGACCGCAAACUCAGGAAACAAGCCAUCAAAGAGGAGAGGAAGGAGCGACGGAUGGAGAAGAAGGCUAAUAAGGUGGCGUUUAAACAGGAGAAGCAGAAGCAAGAGAAGCAGAUGGUCAGCUUGAGGGCAAAAGUACAGGGCAUGAAGCUCUCGUGAUCUCUGCUGGAUGUUGUAACAGACUGGACUGAAAGCGUGUUCUCUGAUCAGAGGGUUUUUUCCUUCAGUGAUCUGAAUAAAGAACAAAGCAGCCGACCGAGUCAAAAGGAGGUCUGACGCUCCUAGGCUUUGUCGUCUUUUUUUUUUUUUUCUUUUCCCCCUGAUUUGUUGUUCUUGAGUGAAGAGUAACUUGUUCCAGUUAAUCAGGGUCUCAUCAGUUACUUCAUCCUCCUUCACCCACUAGUUACGUGCAGUUACAUUGGGACUCGAUGAUCCCGACUCAUCUAACGUUACUCUUUUGUUGAGUCUCUAACAAGGUUUCUUAUUGAAAUUUGCAGUAUGUUUAUUUGCAUGAACCUUUAAACACCUACAAGACCGAGUCAUACAGGAAAGAACCUCAGGGGACAAAAUGCUAUGAAACUUCGACCCUUUUCGAAGAAAAGAUUCCUCUUUGCGUUGUUCCGCGAGUGAACGCAACCCUCGUUCUCAAAAUAUGGUGACAAACCUGUCCUGAGACCUGUAUUUCUCUUGACAAUUCAAGAAUCCUCUCACGAGGAAAGAAAAACGUAAAGGAAGGUGAUACUGACGAACCCAGAACUUUUAGCUCUCUCGCUAAACAAGAUUUGUUUUGUAAAUGUUCUUUAACCCAAAAUGGAAGCUUCAUAUAAAAAAGCGUUCAAAGAAAGAGUUCAGUUUAAGAGUGCGAGUCAGCUGUACUGUGCAUCAGACGUGUGCUGAUGUUGUUAAUAAUAAAAAUGAAAUCUUUCUG